AUGUCGUCAGGUUUCGGCGGCCCGUCGAGGUGGGCUGUUGAUAAUCUUUCCCACGAUGUGAAAUAUAAAUUCAAGGAGGAGCCUCGAUUGGGCAGAAUUUCGCUCUCCACAGCUUUCGCGAAAAGGCAGUGGCACGGAAUGCAGGAGCAAGCCUCAAUUUCAUAUCCAGGCGUUCGAGUCUCCAUUUUCGAAAUACCAGCGCCGAAGCCACACUUCCCAGUGGAGCUCGUACUGGACCAGGGAAAGGCCCAGAAGCAGCUCUCCUCAAAAGGUGCUGUUGGAGGUAGUUCAGCAAUGGCUACUAUACAAGACGACGAUGAACGACUAUUAGCACGGAUAGGGUACAAACAGUUAGAGCUUGAGUCCUCUGACCAAUCCGCCCAGGAGCUGAGGAGGGAAUUCUCAAAAUGGUCUACAGUUUCAUAUGCGAUUUCCAUUCUCGGGGUCCUCGGUUCUGUCCCAGCGACAUUUGGUCCACCUUUGGCUGCGGGCGGCCCUGCUACGGCUGUAUGGUGCUGGUUUAUAGGAUCAUUUAUGGCAAUGUGUAUUGCCAGUUCUGUCGCUGAGCUUGUCUCAGCGUAUCCCACAGCGGGCGUACUUGCGUCCAUUGCUAUCUGUGUUUCGCUCUUAGUCCUUACUCCCGAGAAACAAUCCGCUAAAUGGGUAUUCACAAAUGUGACAAAUGGCUCUGGAUGGAAUUCUAAAGCGUUCUCUUUCCUGUUAGGCUUUAUAUCCGUGGCUUGGACAAUGACCGAUUAUGAUGGAACGACUCACAUGUCGGAAGAAACCCAUGACGCUGCCAUACGCGGCCCAAUUGCUAUUCAAUCAGCCAUCCUUGUAUCUGGGAUAUUUGGAUGGAUGCUAACCGUGACGAUGUGCUUCUGUUUAUCCGACUUGGAUAAAAUAUUAGAUUCGCCCACGGGCCUACCGGCUGCCCAGAUCUUUCUUAAUGCUGGUGGCCGAACUGGUGGGACUAUAAUGUUCUCAUUCAGCAUUCUUGUUCAGUUUUUCACAGGUUGCUCGGCCAUGCUUGCUGAUACGCGAAUGACCUAUGCUUUCGCACGCGACGAUGCACUUCCUUUUUCAGAGUUUUUUGCAAAAGUAAAUCCAUAUACACUGACACCUGUCAACGCCGUAUGGUUUGUGGUCUUCUUCAGCAUUUGCCUCAAUUGCAUUGCCAUUGGAUCUACACAGACUGCUACAGCCAUAUUCAAUAUCACAGCGCCUGCGCUUGAUUUAUCCUAUAUUGCUGUCAUCCUUGCGCACCAAUUAUAUAAAAAUAAAGUGCGAUUUAUCGAAGGGCCGUUCACACUUGGGGAGUGGGGGACACCCUUAAAUAUAAUUUCUAUUGCUUGGGUUCUCUUUAUCAGUGUGGUUCUUUUCUUCCCGCCAACAAGGCCAAUCACGGCAGAGAAUAUUAUGUGUGGCGGGAUUCAUAGCCCUAUUUUCACUCUCGUGGUGGCGGCUAUCUGCCAGACGGCUGACGUCCUGCUCUUUGAAAUUUUGAUAUAUAAGGUUCGAUCAGUCGUGAACUUAAUUGCUCUUCACACCAUCGACGAGGAUUUCGAUUUCUUCCCUGUCCCACGGAGUCAUCUUUACUCACCAAGACCCCUCCAUAUUCAGCGGUUUGCCAAACUUGCUGCUUACCUCGAUCAAAAGGAGCUUUAA